CAUUAAUGACUGGGUCUGAGAGAGGAGUUCCUUAAAAUAAAUUUCUAAUAGCUUUGCUCAUGAUUGAAGAAACAGGAGAGAAUACAUUAGCUGCCCUGGAGAGACAGAUCUUUGACUUCCUUGGAUUCCAGUGGGCUCCUAUCCUUGGUAAUUUCCUGCACAUAAUAGUUGUCAUUUUGGGUUUGUUUGGAACUAUACAAUACAGACCUCGAUAUAUUGUUGUGUACUCUAUAUGGACUGCUAUCUGGGUCACAUGGAAUGUUUUCAUUAUCUGCUUCUAUUUGGAAGUAGGUGGGCUUUCUAAGGAAAGUGAUCUCAUGACUUUUAACAUCUCAAUGCAUCGAUCCUGGUGGCGAGAACAUGGGCCAGGCUGCAUACGAAGAGUGGUGCGUCCUUCAGCUCCUGGGAUGCUGGAUGAUUUUUCCUAUGUCUCUGUGACAGGCUGCAUCAUCGACUUCCAAUACCUAGAGGUCAUUCACAGCGCCAUCCAGAUAUUACUCUCUUUGAUUGGUUUUGUUUACGCCUGUUACGUGAUCAGCAUUUUCAUGGAGGAAGAGGACAGCUGUAAGUACUGAUACACAUCUACCCAUCUCUGGAGCUACAAUCCUGGGGUCGAAAUAAGUAAUGAACGUAGAUG